ACAGUUUUUUCUCUGUUUGUAAAACGAACUCUCUUGUAGUCAUCCUUUUCAUACACCUAAAUAUUUGAAAGCAAUACAACAUUUUUUGUGUAUCAAAAACAACUUUUCAAUCAAUGUACACUGUUUUGAUUCAGAUAUUCAGUGCUAAAUGUACAUACUUGUCCAGUGUGUGUGACGGUGUCUGCAUUGGCAAGACUUCUAGAUGUAGUAGAUAUAAAAAUACGAGCGAUAUUUGUGUUUUUAACGUUUAAAAGUCUGCGAGAAAAUAUUCUUGACACAGCAGCCAUUAUGAAAUAUUGCAGACGACUAUAAUGUAACAUUACAUGAAGUAUUCAAAGUGCAAACAUUUCUCAGUUAAAAAGAAGAAAGAUAUCCUUGAAAACAGGAAUUUAGCUUGAAUUCUUCUUUUCAAAAGGAUUACUUUGACAGUUUGACUUUGUGUACGACCUCAAAGAGCAGGAAAUGGUAUUCAUGAGACCCAGGUUUUCAAAAUAGUUGCACUUCUAGCGAAAUCAGUAGCACAUUGUGCUCUUGAUAGUGGUAUUUGAAUAAGCCCUUGUAUUAAGUUAUGUAAGUUUUAUAUGUAGUUGAUUUUUAAUCUCACGAAUGGGAUUCGUCAAGCAGAAGUUUAAUACACCGAAAUCACCCUCUGGAAAUCACCAUAGAAAAGUGAACAAAAAAGUGAACAUGUGAAAUAACUUAAUUAAGGAUUUUUUUGGAAAGUAAGGAAUUUCAGUGCUCUUAGCAAGGAAUUCGUGAGAAUCCUGAAAACAAUAUGGCGGACAAAAAACACAAGAAAAAGCAAAAGGAAAAGAGAAAAGACAAAAAUAAAGAUGAUAUAGAGCUUUACAAGCACUAUGAAACAUUGUAAGUAACACACCAGGAUGUGUUUUGUUUCUACUGUGAAAUAGUUGGUAAUUGUGUAUUUUUAAAAGUUUACAGCAAAAACAUAUUAAAAGGCCUACUAUAAAUUGUCAGCUUGUUUGUUUUAUAUUUCUAAACUUUUUUUGGUAUGACUUUUUGGUAUGAAUAAAAUGUUGUACUUAUAUAUUUUUACUGUUUUUUUUUAAACUUUUUAGUUAUGAGUCUGCACCACCUGGAUAUGUUCGAGUAAGUGGUACCUAGGGGUGUGGGUGUUCAUGGCACUCCUUGUGUGUGUGGUGGGUGCAGUCCAUGACGGACAGAUGUGUGCGGGCUGACCACACUGUGGCGUAGCAAGCUAGAGUGCCUGGGUGCAGGGUAGAACUUGUACAUCAGUAAAACACAAGCUAAUAUUUGUAGCAGUAGCGAGUUUAUAGCUGCUGUGAAACAUAUUUUACCAUUCAUAAGGUUGAAGAGGAAAAGCCAGAAGAUUGUAUUCCUGAUCUUCCUGAGAAUGAACAAGCUCGGGAAUUUUUAUCUAAAGCACCGAAAAAAGGAUUGUGGAUGCCUCUUGGAAAGGAGGUUAAAGUUAUGAAAUGUAAGACAGCUGACAGUCGGUCGAUUGUAGCAAUGGAUGUCUUCCUAAAAUAUUCUACCAAUUCAUUUGCGCAUGUGAACCAAUGGACCUUAGAAGUGUCAUAUUUUAGGUUUCAGAGCUAUAUGCUGUUAAAAUUCCAGUUUUUUAAAAUUGUACCUGCACAAAUUUGAAAGGUGCCUAAAGAGAUUGAAAGCUCACAUGUUUUAAUGAUGUCUGUGGCUUGCCCCCUCUGUUCUGGCAUCUUUACAAUAUUCAUGUUUAAGUGGUGAGUUAUUAUGAUGAUGUUAUUAUGAUGUUUUAUCAUUAUGUCAGGUUGGAGAUGCAAGUCAUAUGGUCACAGAACUGGAGAUAAAGAAUGUCCAAUGUUUGUUUCAGGCAACCAAACCAGUGAAAGAUUUAGAAUGGUACUGGAUAAAAAUUAGAAUAUAUAAUUAAUUUAAUUAUUAAAACACCUGUUUAAAAGCUUACAUGCAUGAUUUCAUUAAGGCACAUGAAGAUCCCAUGCAUGACUUUAUUGUUGAGAAAAAGAAAACUGAAAAAGAACAAAGGUAAUUAGUCACUGUCAAUGCCUAGCAGUUUGACUGUAUUCAGUACACUUUUGUAUUUCAAAUUGUUGGUGACAAUUUAAGGUACUUUGAUUCAUGUAUUGUUAUUAACCCAUUAAUUAGCUGCAGAGCUUCCCCAUUGACAAGUAAAAUCGUCUUGCAUUAGACAAAUAAAAAAAAGUUGGGUGCACUGGGGCACAUUGCAUGGGUUAAUAAACAAACUUUAUUACAGAUUUUAUAUAAGGUUUAAAACUGAAAAGACUUGAUAAAACAUGCUGUGCAAAUGUUUAAUAAAACGAAUUAAAAAACGUAAACUUUACAACUUUGAAAUCUUUUCAUACCAUAUAGCCAUACCACAUUGAAACAAAUGCUCAUAUGCCCAGUAAUUAAACAUGUUUUGAGCAUGACAACAGUGGCCUACAACUUUUGGAAAAUCACCAAGCUAUUAAGAAAAUAUUUGUAUCCACGCCCGUCUAUUAAGUAUUAAUUUAAAAAUUGUGCUAAGGAUUAGUAAUUGUAGACGUUUAUAUUUUUAGUAUUAAACAAGUAAAUAUGUCAAGAAAGCGAGUAUCUAAGAGACCAAAUACUUUUUUCUUUGCACAGAAUUGAGCAGUUGAAGGCAUUACUGGAAGAACCCACUACAUCGGAAAAUGAUUCUAGCAGUGAAAGUAGUGAUGCGUCUUCCACGCAUCGUAAACACAAGAAGCGGAAACGUAAUACAAGAAAAUCUGACAGAGAUUCUAGCAGCGACUCUCACGCCACGCGGAAAAGACGAAAAAAGCGAAAACAUAAGUCUGACAAAGCAGUAAACUCUGACAGUGACUCAAGUGAAAGUAAUCCAGACAAGAAACACCAACAGAAAAAGCAAAAACAUAAGUCAAGAACGACAAGAAGAGAAUCGUAUGGAAAUGAAAGAAAUUAUAGAAGUAGCGAUAGGAACGAGCAUGGUCAUAGUCAUAGGGGAAAAGACAAGAGGGACAGAGGGAACAGUUAAAUAUCAAUUUAUUUUGGGGUUUAAUUAUUUACCAGUAAUUUUUAACUAUCAUCGACCUCCAAGAUCAGAUUGAAAUCAAAGCAAUCAGGUCUCUUUGAAAGCAGUUUAGUUAGAUGCCAUCCACAGCAACUUAUUGCAAAAUAUCCAAAAAUGCCCCAUCAUUUGAAAAAUCGAAGGGAGAGUGUUGCCCUUUAACGGGUUAAACCUAUAAACUAAUCAAGUGGCGGUCGGUCAAGUCCGCUAUCGAAUGUCAACUACUGUCUUACUGACAUGAUGUCAGCAGUUCGUACCUUUAGUGCCAGAUUAACCUUUCCAGGGCCGGCCAGGGCUGUGCUUUUUAUCUAACUUAUAAAAUAUAUCUUUACUACUGUUUAUGUCAUAAAAAAUACAAAUCUGAUUGGCUAAAUGAAGUGAUCCGUUAAUCCCACCAAGCUUGUUCGCAGAAAAUCAACGUGUUUUCCAAAAAUUAUCGAUACAAACUAAGCAUAUAUUGUAAAAGGCCCGGUUAUUUAGAAACAAUAAAGCCGGGUUGUUUCACAGAAAAAGAACAUUUACUAAGUUACAGCAUCUGUAAAUUAUAUGAUUCUGUAUGAAUUUUUACAUAUUUUCAAAC